AUGCACCCGGCGCUGGGCCACCCUCGCGCGCUCUCGUCCGCGCCCGCCUCCUUCCCGCCGCCCCCCGCCGCCGCCCGGCUGCAGCCCCUCUUCCUCCGGGGGGGCUCCUCCCGCGGCCGGAGAGGCUCGGGCGACAGCAGCACCAGCACCAGCACCAGCCGCGGGGGGGGCGGCGGCAGACGCGGCGGGGGCGGCGGUUCCCCGAGCAGCAGCACAGGCGCGGAGCGAGAGGACGACGACGAGAGCAUUAGCAUCAGCAAGCCACUGGUGCCCGCCGCCGCCGCCGCCGCGCUCCCGGGGCCCCCGGUUCAGGGGGGCGCCCCCGCCUCCGCCGCCGCGCCCGCCACCGCCUCCUCCACUUCCACGCCCACCUCCUCCUGCAGCAUGACCGCCGCGGACUUCGGCGCGGGCGCCGCCACCGGGGCCGUCGGGGGCCCCGGGAGCCGCUCGGCGGCGGGCUCAGGCGGCCCCGGGACGGGCGGCGGCGCCUCCUGCUGCUCUUGCUGCUGUUGCUGCUGCGGCCGCCCUAGCCGGCCCGGCCGCAGGGGUCGGCGGCACGGCUGCUCGCCAAGUCCCGGCUGCCACUGGGGCUACCAGGCGCUGUCUGUGGUGCUGCUGCUGGCUCAGGGCGGUCUGCUGGACCUAUACCUCAUCGCCGUCACCGACCUGUACUGGUGCUCUUGGAUCGCCACUGACCUGGUGGUGGUGGUGGGCUGGGCCAUCUUCUUCGCCAAGAACAGCCGGGGCCGUCGGGGCGGUCCAGUGAGCAGCACGCACAACCACCAUCAGCUCCACCACCACUCCGCGCCGCCUCUGCACCUACCCGCUGCGGCGUCCGCGGGGGCCGGGGCGAAGGCUCGCGGGGGCCGAGGAGGCUCGGGCGGCUCGGGGGCCGGGCCGGGGACGGCCGGGGCGGCAGGCGAGUUCGCCUUCGCGUACCUGGCCUGGCUCAUCUACUCCAUCGCCUUCACUCCCAAGGUUGUGCUCAUCCUGGGCACGUCUAUCCUGGACCUCAUCGAGCUGCGAGCGCCCUUUGGCACCACGGGCUUCCGCCUCACCAUGGCGCUGUCCGUGCCGCUGCUCUACAGCCUGGUGCGUGCCAUCAGCGAGGCGGGCGCGCCCCCGGGCUCGGCGGGUCCCCUGCUCCUGCAGCCACAGCAGCAUCGCGCCGCGGGCUGCUUCCUGGGCACGUGUCUGGACCUGCUGGAUAGCUUCACGCUGGUGGAGCUGAUGCUGGACGGCCGCGUGCCGCUUCCCGCGCACCUGCGCUACCUGCUCAUCGCCGUCUACUUCCUCACGCUUGCCUCUCCAGUGCUCUGGCUGUACGAGCUGAACACCACCGCAGCAGCUCCAUCCUGGGGCCAGGCCUCCGGGCCUGGAAGCUGCAGCCGCCUUUUGCGCUUGCUGGGAGGCUGCCUGGUGGACGUGCCCUUGCUGGCGCUGCGCAGCCUCCUGGUCGUGAGUUACCAACAGCCGCUGUCCAUCUUCAUGCUCAAGAACCUCUUUUUCCUUGGCUGCCGUGGCCUGGAGGCCUUGGAGGGCUGCUGGGACCGAGGCAACUGGGUUUCCCCAAGUCGGGUCAGAAGCAGCUAUGGUGCUCCUCCCUCGGCCCCACCACCACCUCCACCACCGCCACCUCAGGGAGGCUCCCAGCGGGGCCACUUGGAAAAUGAAGGGGGCCCUCAUGGCUAUGUUAACACUCUAGCUGUGGCCUCUCAAAAUUGA